AUGACAAUCAGAUUGUUGGUUGAUAUUGUCACGUUAGCUGUCAUUACAGCAGCUUCUAUUUGCGAUGGUAAAGAGGAAAAUGGAUAUUACUGCGACGGAAAUAUAUUGACGAAUUGCGCGGACGGGGAUGUGCUCACGGCGACGCUGUGCACGUUGGGGUGCAACGAAACGACAAGAACAAAAACAAGUUGCACCGGGUCGAGCUCAUGUUUUUAUGGGUAUCCAGGGAGUUUUUGUGAAAUCAAAAAGGUGGGAGAGGACUUUCAAAGUGGUGUGACGGUGUGUCACAGAAACGGAAUUCAGCAAUACUUUUCAUGUCUCACCGAUUGUGUACAACUGACAGAAUCCUUUGCGAGGUGCACACCUUCAGACAAAUGCGUGUGGCUUGACAGAUCGUCAAAAACGUUUGGGUACUGCCCAACACCCAAAACACAGAUCCACGAAAGUGAUAGGUACAACUUUGCUUUGAACGACGCUUUGGCGAGAGAACUCCAACAAGAGCUGGCAUUAAAAUCGCCGUUUUGCCCGUUCAUGUCAUACCUCGCUGCAUGUUCAUUGGUGUACACCGAGUGCACAACAAACGCGUUCUUUUCAAAGGAAGAUGGGACGUCGUGUUUCACCGAUUGCAACAAUUACAACGACUGUGCGGAACUUUCUGGGAUCAGUUCGAAACUGGACUGCUCGAUGCUGUGCGCGACAGACAUUGUUACGCUCCAUUUGUUUUUGUUAUUCAUUCUUUUGUUAUAA